UGAUCACUACUAUCCAAAAAUUAUCUGCCAGCCCGGGAAUCAAACCCGGUACCUCCUCAUUGCUAGUCAGGAAUGCUCACCCUUACACCAAACUGACAAUCUCUGGAUAGCAGCGCUCAUUUUAAUCAAAGAUUACAGCAUUUUAUUGGGAUUCUCGUUUAAUAAUAAUUAUUCAUUAAUUAAUUUGAUGCAAUUUCUAAUUUAUUUCUAUUUGUAAAAAUAUAGACUUGAUCACUGCUCUAUCCUUAAUACAUUUUAAUUGGUUUGUUUCCAGAUGGCAAGCACUUCCAAUGCACGCCCUAAUCCCCCAAAGAGGAGGCGUGAGGAGGAUGGGAACGUUGCCCCUCCUAAGAGAAGGUGCAUUGCACCUCAACAGGCCCCUCUUAGACGAUCUCAGAGGAUAAUACAAAGAAAUGCUGAGAGACUAGAGAGAGAGCAACAACAACAACAGCAGAUACAACAUCAACAACAACAACAAGAACAUCAACAACAACAACAACAACAACAACAGCAACCGGAACAGGAACCUGAUGUAUUGGAUUUAUAUUUGGAACUAUACUGGGCCAGGAUUGGCAAAGGGCCCUACUGGCCAUGCCAGAUAGUUAGGGACGAAGAUGGGAGAUUUUACAAGACAAAAAUUUGCUCCAACAAUGUCAUGAGGGUACAACUCUAUGUGCGGUGGUUGGGGGACGGGAGGCACUCGUGGGUGGGCCUCUCUUAUUUGGUGCCCUUUGAGAGGGCACCAACCCCCCAACAGACACCCUACACUAUGCUUAAGAAUUAUGUCAUGACUCACCUCAAAACGAAAGAAAAUUUGAAGGCCUGUAAGGUGCCAAGGAGGCUGGUGGCCAAAGUCGAUGCGGCAGUGGAGGAGGCUAUGGAGAUGCAGGAUGUUUUUAUCUGAGUGAGUAAGAGAAAAAAAUAAUUGUGAGGAGUACUCUGGAGAGAAGGGUACAGUGUCUGAAGGGUGAGUGAUGAAGAUCAAUUCAUUUCAUUUUUAUUGUUUAUUAAUAAUAAUAAUUCAAUUUAUACUCAAAGUUAAUGUACUUCGCUUACUACACAGUCACUAUAUAACCUAUUAUCACAAAUUUAUAUACUUUUAUUCAUUCAUUCAUUUCUAUGAUUAUGAUGAUGAUGAUGAUUUUAGGCCUACAAUAAUAAAUUAUUAUCAAUCUAGUACCAUUAUCAAAUUUCAAUUGAAUAUCAUAUGUAGCAAUUAUAUUAUUGUUAUGCUAGUUCAUCAAUUUCAAAUCUAUUAUUGUAAAAAAUUAAUAUUACAAGAUUUGUGAUUACAUUUUCUUAAUUUCUAAAUUGAAUGUAGAAUUGGUUGAUUGAUUGAUUGAUCAUGCUUUAUUGACAGACAGGGAGGCUGCAAACCUCUCUCGAUCAUUGUUUGAAUGUUUAACUUUCAUCAAUUCAUGAAUAUUUAAUUAUUUUCUAUUUGUUCAAUGAAAUAGAAUUACUUUUUUGCGAUUUUCAGCUCUAUCUCUAUUUAUAAAAAUAGAACAUGUCACUAAAAGGCCUAACAUGUCCUCGCCCAAUUUAUAUUGAUGGUGUAAUAAUAGUACCUAAUGAAUAAAUAAAAAGGAAUUAUUAGGCCCCAAAAUUUCCAAUUCAUAGCACUUAAAAAAAAAA